CAAUCGCCAAGCAACAAAGCUACAGCCCUAUAUCGGCAGUUGCAACAUCCCAGCGCGGGGGUUCGACUGCGUAAUUACGAGCGUCGUUGAGCCGAGUUUGCAACCAUGAUGCUGUCAGGCCGCACCUGCAAUUGCGCCUUCAGUGCUCGUCGAACUAGCCUCCAACGCGGAGCGCUCGCUUUCCAAUCGGCGCGGCUGGUACCUCAACGGCCGCCGGCCACUUGCCGUCGCGCAUCGUUUGUGCCCAGCGCCAUCUUCAUGCCAACAGAGGUGGAACAGAAGACCGGCACCACUUCCAACAACGGCAAUGUCACACCCUUGGAGGCUCGGACUGUCCCUUCCGAGCGCGCGCUGACCAUCUGGCGCUCCGCCGACGCCGUCUGCUUCGACGUAGACUGCACCAUCACCGUCAACGACGGCCUGGACCUGCUGGCCGAGUUCAUGGGCGUCAAGGAGGAGGUGGAGGCGCUCACCAACAAGGCUAUGGACGGCACCAUGUCUCUGACGCGCUCUCUGGAGGAGCGCCUCAACCUGAUCAACUGCUCGCCAGACGACAUCCGCCGCUUCAUCAAGGCCUACCCGCCCCAGUCCCGCCUGGCGCCCGGCAUCAAGGAGCUGAUCAACGCGCUCCAGAAGCGCGGCGUGGCGGUGUACCUCAUCAGCGGCGGCUUCCGCGAGCUGCUGCUGCCCAUCGCGGCGCACCUGGGCAUCCCCAAGGACCGCGUCUUCGCCAACCGCAUGCACUGGCAGUGGGACGAUGAGACCGGCAUGCCCACCAAGCUGGGCAGUGACGCCAAACAGCAGCAGGUCGGCUUUGACACGUCCGAGCCCACGGCCCGCAACCAGGGCAAGCCCGAGGCCAUCGCGCGCAUCCGCGAGAACAACCCCUACAACACCGUGGUCAUGAUCGGCGACGGCAUCACCGACCUGGAGGCGGUGCAGACCAGCGGCGGCGCCGACUUGUUCAUCGGCAGCGGCGUGGUGGUGGAGCGCGAGGCCGUGGUGGCGGAAGCCGAGUGGUAUGUGUACGACUACAAGGCACUUGUGUCGGCCCUGUCCCGUUACAAGGUGGCCGUGCUGGGCAGCGGCGCCUGGGCGUGUGCGGCGGUGCGCAUGAUCGCGCAGAACACCAGCCAGGACGACCCCGAGGACGAGUUUGACGACGACGUCCGCAUGUGGGUGCACCAGGGCGGCGAGCUGGUCGACACGAUCAACAGCACGCACGAGAACCCGGCCUACUUCCCCGGCAUCCCCCUGGGCCCCAACGUCAUCGCCACCGGCAACCUGGCGGAGGCAGUGGCGGACGCCGACCUGCUGGUGUUCUGCGCGCCGCACCAGUACAUCCGCGGCAUUUGCAAGCAGCUCAUGGGCAAGGUCAAGCCGGGCGCCGCCGCCAUCAGCCUGACCAAGGGCAUGCGCGUCACGCCCGAGGGCCCCGAGCUCAUCAGCCAGAUCGUGCGCCGCACCCUGGGCGUGGACUGCUCCGUGCUCAUGGGCGGUAACAUCGCCGAGGACGUGGGUCGCGAGCAGCUGUCUGAGGCCGUGAUCGGCUACUACAACCUGGAGCACGCCCAGCGCUUCAAGAAGCUCUUCCGGCGCCCCUACUUCCGCGUGACGCUGCUGCCCGACCCGGUGGGUGCUGAGCUGUGCGGUACGCUCAAGAACAUCGUGGCCCUGGGUGUGGGCAUGGUGGACGGCAUGGGGAUGGGACCCAACUCCAAGGCCGCAGUUAUCCGCCAGGGCCUGCUUGAGAUGCGUGACUUCUGCCAGGCCCUGUACCCCUCCGUCCGCGACGACACCUUCCUCGAGUGCUGCGGCGUGGGCGACCUGGUCGCCACCUGCAUCGGCGGCCGUCACCGCCGCGUGGCCGAGGCCUGGACGCGCUCCGCAAUUGAGAGCGCCGUGGCCGGCGAGGGCAACGGUGCCGGCCGCAGCUGGGCUGAGCUGGAGAAGGAGCUGCUGCAGGGCCAGAAGCUGCAGGGCGUGCUGACCAGCAACGAGGUGCAGCAGAUCCUGAGGACCCGCGGCUGGGAGAGCAAGUACCCGCUGUUCACCACCAUCAACCGCAUCGUCAACGGCCACCUGCCGCCGCACCUGGUGGUCGACUACCUGGAGGGCGCCAAGGCCGAUAUCGCCGUUGACGUCGAGGAGGACAUUGUGCCCCUGCCGCGCCAGCCCGCCUCCGCCAUGGCCCGCCUAUUCGGCCAGCUGGUCGGCGGAAUCAUGCAGCAGGGAGGAGCAGCCGCCGGCGCCGCCGCCAGCGCCGCCGCAGGCGCCGCCGCGGGCGCUGCCAGCAACAGCGUGUAAAGACGUUCCUUGUGGUAAUGGGUGCUGUGAUAUCGCGCGCGAGGGAGGGGCGCCGAGCUGCGUACGUAAGCGUCUGUCUUCGCAAUGUUUGUACGUGCAGAGCUGGGCGGGGUGCUUGGACGGAGUUGGCAUGGCAUGGCGUGGGCCGGUGUACACAACCGUUAUUUGUUUUUGUAUUUGUGGUCAAUCGGCUCUGGCGCGAGCAGCACUAAGUGAACAGAUGUAUUGGCAUGCUGUGCCACCUAUCUAUCUGUGAGCUAAGGGCCCGCGGGUGCUUUGCAACCGCGUGUUUUUUCCCUGGUAGCAUAGAUCGACAUGUGUGUGUGUGUGUGUGUGUGUUUGUGACUGUGUGUCUGUUUUUUUAUCGGGCGCCGUCGCGCCGUGUACUCGACUGUGCAGCCAGCGUUGCCCAGGAUUGACUUGCUUAGGUGUGCGCAGCGUAGUGUCACCGAUGAGCAGGAGCAGUGGCAGGCCGUUUGAAAGUGCCCUGCUUUGGGGAUGUCAUCUAUCCCUUAGGAUAGAAACGAUCCCGUGAGGAAUCUCGUAUGUGGUCUAUAUCCACUGCGCGGGCAUUCUGCGCGUGUCGCCCUGUACCUGAUAAUGGAAGUGUGGAGGUGUGUCAUGGGUGCAAGAGAAGACCCAGACCCAUAAACACACAAUUGUGCUGAACUGUUUGUUGCCGCGAACUGUAGCUGUACUAUAAGUAGGCGAGUGUGUUGCGGCAAAGUCCAGAUGCAACUGAGAAACAGUGAUAGCUGCAUGCGCCGCUUUGUGGUGGCAUGGCGUGGCCAUUGAACAAGGGAGCGUUGGGAAAGGGACAGCGCACAGCCUGGAGAUGUUGCGUCCAUAAUCGACCAGUGCGCCUUGUGGGCUGGAUGGCAUGAGCAUGAAAGAUGGAGCGGCACACUGCCACAACAGGUGCCAAUGUAAUAAUACACCUGA